AAAGCCCCGGAGACUGCUGGCGGUGGCGGUAGCGGUGGUGGUGGUUGCGAUAUCUCUCUCGGCGGGCCACUAAAGCGGUUGUGUGGGUCGCCGGCGAUGGACGCGGAACUGGACGCGGAGCACCCCCAUAAAUUGUGGUAAUUGAGUUCAAUUUAUUCCAUGCCGGUAAAGUAGAGGCCACCCUUUUCCGGCGAUGUUUUAUUCAAAUCUGAGGCUGUGCGCGCGUCGGGCCAUCGCAGAUUCGACGACACACGCGGCAGCGAUGGACGCAAAGGAGGUCACAAGGACACUGAUAUGUCGGGCCUGUCUGGUGCUUCUCGGUCCCGAGGAUGUCUCCUAUAAUCUCGCCAGCGAACAGGAUUUGGCUGAAAAAUAUUUUGGCUGCAUUGGCGGGGAUUCCGGAAGUAUGCAGAGACUGCAGGAGGACGACCACCAGCAGCACUCCCAACUGGUCCUGAAGAGCAUCUGCGAGUGCUGCUACCACCUGGUGCAGAAGUUCUACGACUUUCGACGCAUGUGCGAGGAGUCCGCGCGCAACUUUGAGGAGCUGUUGCUGGACAUCGACUAUUACUGCGUCAAGGACCAGGAUGUGGCAGUCGUCUCCCUGCCGGAUUUGGACACACCAUCGGACAGUAAUGAUUCCUCCAGCCAGAAGCCCCCGAUGGACACACCCUGCAUCACAAAUAUUGAGGAAGUCUACAUAAUGGAGGAUGAUAAUACCCAGCAGGAUCUUAAACAGGAAAAGUUACCUUCAUUAUCGCAACGUAAGGCAGCAGGAGAGAGAAAACGUAGAACAAAAUACACCCUCAAGUGCAACCAAUGCCAGCGGGGCUUCUACAAGGCGUCCCUGCUGGAGGCCCAUAUGAAACAGCACGAGGGCAUCAAUCCGUAUACCUGCGUGCUCUGCGGCAAGAGCUAUGCGAGGGCCAAUCUGCUGGAGGAGCACCUGCACAAGCGGCAUAGCAGCAGUCCUUCCGCGCAGGAGACCUAUCCCUGUACAAGCUGUGAUAAAGUGUAUACUGCCUACCGGAGUCUCAAAUAUCAUUUCAAAAAACAACACGAACCGGGCAAUGAAAAGGAUCCAUCCCAAGGACCACAGCACAUCUGCGAGAAAUGUGGAAAAUCGUUUGGCCGCAAGGCCCACCUCACUCGUCACAAAUGGACGCACACCAGCAAGGAUGACCUGAAAUACGCCUGCGAAUAUUGCCAUAAACGAUUCUACACAAAAGAAAAUAUGCUGGAUCACCAAAAGCGACUACACGGACUCCAGAACCCACUGAGAUGCCAGAAGUGCGGUAGCAUCUCAAGCAGCUGGGCAGAGCUGAAAGAACACUUGGAGAAGCACAAGAACCCGGAUUAUGUAGUUCAAUAGUUCGUUUUUUGUUUUAUUUAUGUGGUUUCAAUUAACAUCAAGCUAACUCAACUGUUACAAUGAUUUGAAUUACUUUGAAAUUGUUAAACCUCUUGAUGGGAAAAUGAUAAUGCAGCAUGAUUAGAUUGACGAUGAA